CUUUGCUGGCAAUGGCGCGUAGAAAGGGCACAUGCCGCUGGUGGUGAUGAAGGAGCGAGCCAAGGUGAAGCGACAGGCGAGAGAUGCAAAGACACAGUUACCUCCUCUUAUCAAGCAGAAGGAUAACACUAUGGAUGAAGCGAUCGCGGAACUUCGGGAUUGUUUCCAGCGCCUAUGCUGUAGCGGGGACACCAUGCCGACAUCGCCGCAUCCGUCCAUCGCCCUGAGUUCUGCGCUCAUGGAGCACGGCAAGGCAUAUUGGCGACGUGUCGCGCUACGUGUCGUGUCUCAGCUGAAAGCCAUGUCCUCCGACGAGGUUGUCGUUGGAACCCCACGCCUUCACACCGCUCGACUCUUGCUGUUGUAUUACAUGAGUUGCGAUGCAUGGUGUGGUCCCAUGUUGAGUCUCGAGGGUGUGGUCCCAAUGUUGGUGCGUGAAUGCAUCCGGUACCACGCCACAUGCCUUUCGUCCAGUGCCACUGCGGCCGCCGUCCAGGAUCCCAAUGGCAGUCCCCGCGGGCUUAUUCCCUUAGGCGAGACUUCUCCCGACUUCCAACUUCUUCCUCGUCUUUCCACGCUUGAUGUGCCUGUGGAUUGGUUUCGGUACACCCAUCGCGCCUUGUGUCUGGAGUUGCUCCGCCACGAUCAGAUGGACUUUGUAGUGCCAAUAGGGGCGCAAUCGAUGCUUUGUCUCUUGACCAAGUCGCCCCUUCCUCAAAGCGAAGUCGACGAGUACGACGCCGUCCACGCCACAAGUACGACUCGACACGACGCUAUUUCUCCUAUGUCCAUCUCCAAACUGCCGAUUUCGUCGUCCAUAUUCACCUUUUCCCAUUCCGACAGCCGCCAACAAGACGACCCACAGACCAGCUUUAUCGACUCGACGGAGCAAGACCGCUUACUUGGCCACGUGGCAUCCAAUCCGUCGUUCCACAUCCACUUGGUUGUCCGCACUUUGACCUGUAUCAUGUCCACAGCGCGUGGCCUGGAGCGGCGGCGCUUGCUCGCCGAUGGCGCCGCGCAUGCCCUGGCUCUACUCGCCACGUCGUCACACGUUCCCGACCAAUGUGACACCGUCCGGUAUCCUCCCGUGCUUGAGCGUCUACUGAGUCUGUCGUUCGUGCGGCAGAUGGCCCAUUCCGGACUGGCAGCUAUCUCGACAGACGAGUUGCACCGACUAGUAGUCGAUAGUCAUGAUCCCAUCGCAUUAUUGUCAUCGCCAUGCCGCCACCACCACCAUCCGUCGUCGGUCCUUCUGACCCAUGACAAGCUGGAUACGAUCGUGGGCCAUCGCUCCGACGCGCUCAAGCGCCAUGCCGUCGACGCGCGACGACGGGUUCAAGUCGACGCUUGUGUUCGGAAUCCCGCAAACUCGAUCGAAGCACGCCUACGUGCCGUCACGUCCUUUUCUUCGUCGUCGGUACCCCAGCCCCCCUUGCAAAAGACCAAAUUUGCCAAGGCGGAUGUAAUUUCAUGGGUGCGCCAUGCCGAUGCUGUGACAAGGCACUUGCUGCACAGUUUAGCUGUCCUACAUGACGCGGCCACUACGUCUGGUGGCCCUUCGUCGUCGCUCAAGUGCUGGCUAGCUCAAGCCGACCGCGCCCGCGGGGAAGCGGCGGGUAUCAUGGCACGUCAAGUGCGCGAACUCGAAUGCAUGGCGCUGCAAGACAAACCCCCCGAGACGGAAAUCGAGCGCAAGGCGCGUCUCCAGGCCAAGGCCCAAGCGCUGGCGAUACGGGCAGAGGAGAAGCGGCUGGCAGACGAACUUCAUGUGCGGCGCCUGCGCGACGCCAAGGCCGAGCAGGAGGCCCGCCUCGAUAUGACCCGGGAAGACCGAUACGUUCCCCUUCACAUUCAGACCGACCAAGAGCGGGAAGCGGCGGCCGUGGCGGUUGAGGCCGCGCGUGUCGCGGCACUACGAGUCCUAGUGCGCGAACGUCGACUGCAGGACGUGGAAGAGUGGCACAUGCGUGAACAAGACGCACUCGCGCGCCAAGUUCGCCGCUACCAGUGGGACCUGGACGAAGCCGCGUUUCUUGUAGCGCGGCAGCGAGAAGCCGACGAAUCCCAUCAUAUGCACGCCGAAGACGUGUACGGACACAGGACGUGGCCACUCGUGGAUGCCGCGCAAGAAGAGGCUGAUUUCCGCGCCAAGUUGGCGGCGAAGAAGGCGGAGCGGGCGGCAGUGAGGCGCGCGCGGCGGCAGGCCCAACAUCCUGCCCUGUAUGCAAAAGAGUGGGAAGUGGUCACGUUAGACGAUGGCGGGUCGUACUUUCGAAAUAUCGUGACGGGGGACGUCCAGUGGACAGAUCCAUGUGCGCCAACCACCACUACCACGGCGGCGGCAUGGGAGCCCGCGGCGGACGAUGUCGGACGAACUUACUAUGUGAAUACCGCGACGGGCGAGACGGCGUGGACGGCUCCGGAAGGCGCCGCGAUGGAAGGCAAAGUACAGGUAGACCAAUGGGAUGAAUUCAAGACAGAUGAUGGAGUCGCGUACUAUGUCCACCGCACCACGGGUGACAGUGUAUGGGAAAAGCCCGUAGCGUCGUAGUUUGUGCAGUUAAGAUGGUAUGAAUAUACUAUUUAGUACAAAGUAGACUUGUAUUAGUCGAUUCGUGCCGAAGUGUUAACGUUGUUUACACCAAGUCGUUGGUGGGAGUGCUACUUCCAUCAGGGGACAGCGACCACACAAGCAGGCUCAGGAGCAACAGAAGCAGUUGGUUCCGCGGGUCUUCCUUCAACCACUGCAUGAGCGACCCUACUUCGCAUCGUACAUCCGUCCCGGUCGUUGUCACAAUAGAGGCAUCCGGCCACGGCGUCGUCGUCCCCUUGUCUUCCUCUCCGUCCUCUUCAUCCUCUUCGUCCUCUUCUUCUUCAUCUUCGUCGUCGGGCACCGUCAGAGGCUCGAGUUUCGUGUGCGCAUUCGCAUCAGUCGUUGUCGAUGCGAUUGGUGUUACUUUGAGAGGCAAUUGGAUGGCGGCACUCAACGCGUCCAACCAUUCCGUGCCUUCCGCCACAGAUUCCGCUCUCAGCACGACCACGUCGCCCGACACUUGCGUGAUCCCGAGCACCAUGUGCGGUAGUUUGCGCAGCUCCACGAGCAUGUCUUCGUGAGUAGAUAGGUCCUGCACAUGACAGCAUCGGGGGAGCAUCACCACCUCCUUGGGUCUCCGUCCUGUUGUGGGUCUGUGCUUGUGCGAAAACAGGCUCAGCACGACCCCGUCCAGACGACACCACCGCCGCGACCACUUCGUCAGCACGACCUUUCGGCGCUGCUUGUUGUAGAGCCACAAGUACCCAACCUUGAAAGUGCGACUUGUAGGGGCGGUGGCCAGCGGGUGGUACGUGGGCACUUGUGCUAGAUCCAGCAGGAGCGGCAGCCGCUGCAUCAACUGCGCGCGCGCAUCGGACGCCGCGUGGUAGCCAUAGAAGACGCUUUGAAUCGCCGAGCCCACUUGGCCGUGGCUCGGUUGAUGUGGUGGCGACAGUGUCGUUUGUCCCGAUGAUGUCGACUCGAACAACAUGUGACAGGUGCCGUCCGGAUGGAUGGCCAGCAGCACCGCCUCGUCUGGGUGUACUACCGUCAACAUGCUCGAAUUUGAACCCCACACGUCCGUCACGGCUUGGGCUUCGUGGUCGCAAUGCGCAUUUCGGAGCAACGACGCCAGCAACGCAGCAAUCCCCGACAACGAACAAGUGGACAUGACGACCAAAAGCGAAGGAACUUGACGAACGCGCCGGUCGUAAACGCCAUGGAAAAGUCGGGAUCCGCCGCGAGGCUGCCGAACGACAGCCCCUUGAACCGCACGAGGUGGGAGGACGCACCCGCGGCGUCCACGUACAGCCCCACGGUCCACCGAGCUUCCCCUUCGUCCGCCGAGCCGCAGGUACCAAGCAAGACGAUGGACGUGCCUCCGGAUAUAGAGGAGGCGGCCAGAGUGCCGGGGAACACGACGGCCGAGGUUAGGUCGAUCAGAGGUCCAAACGUGGACGAGAAAGGGACCAUGUCGUCGUCGUCGUCGUUGUUGG